AUGUAUGGUAAUACAAAUUUUCUGAGUUGCAGACUGACACAUAGUGGAAAAGAUUACACGGGUAUAAAAGCAACUACAGCAACUGGUCGACGUUGUCAGUUCUGGGACACAUCAUAUCCAAUACACAAGAUAGCGCCAAAUAUAUCAGAUGAAGAUUUUCCUGAAGGGUCUCGCAAGGAUGCAAGGAAUUAUUGCCGCAAUCCAACAAAUGCUUCUCGUGGGCCCUGGUGUUACACACUCGACUCUGAUGUUCCAUAUGAAGAGUGUGAUGUUCCCCUCUGCUCUUCCAAAGAUUGUAAGAUGAGUGGUCUUGGCAUAGACUAUUCUGGAAAUGUUAAGAAACCAUUUUCUGGAGACAGUGGCAAGUGCUCUAAAUGGACUGAUCGUGAGCUAUUUCCUGAGGGAAGGUUUGCUGAUCGACUGUUUCCUGAGGGCUCACGAUCAAGUGCUGGUCGCUUCUGUCGUAAUCCUGAUGGUAAUCCAAGAGGUCCCUGGUGCCCGCUGGAUCCUGGCGAUGGAAGUCCUGCAAUAAGGGCACCCUGCGAGAUUCCAUUCUGCAAAGAUGUUGAUUGGUUGGAAUUCACAGCUGAGACAAAUGAGUUCACUCAGUUCACAGAUCUUUCUCAGCCAAAUAAGACAUUGCCAUUGAAAACUGUCAAUCUAACAUUUGGAAUACGUCUGUGGGAUGCUGCCUCCUGGUCAAGAGCCACUGCCAAAGUACUCUUUUCGCCAUUUUCAAUUCCUGGAGCAGCUCAAGAGCUGAGUAAAUUUGGUGCUGUUGAACUCACCAUAUCUAAGGACAGUUCUGGCUUUACUAAAGGAUUAGAGGAGGUGGAACUGUGGAUGGCUAAGGGGACACCAUUUAGGUCUGAAAUUGCUGGAAGUGAUUGGCCCUGGCUUCAACUAUGGGUGCAGCAGAGUGAAAAUGUCCUUGCAAUGGGACGACAAGGUUCAGAAGAACCUCUUUCUAGUGGACAAAUGUCUGAUCUUUCUGUAGACUUAGGAUUACAUUUUAUCAGCAUCUCAGGAGCUGGUAUUCUCUGGAGCUUACCUUUUACAGUUGAGGACUGCCUGCAACACAUAACAAGUGAGCUGCAGUUUACAAGAUUCUUUCGGAUGCAACAAACUCCUGGAGGUCAUGAUAUAAAAUUGCAUGUACGUGCACGUCAUUCUGCUUGUCUUGAAUUGAGAAUUGCUCCUUCGAUUAAAUACCCAAGCUUCAUGGUAAUAAUUCAGAACAAGGCAGAUAACAUGACAGCCAUAAUUUUGAGAGAAGAGGUGGGUGGUAAACUUCAGGAGACUUCACUUCAGAAGAAGAAUGCCUCUUCUGCUCUUUCUUAUCACCACUGGCAUGAGUUUACAUUAAGAUGUGACUUUCCAACAUCAGAGCUGAAACAGCCACCAAAAAGUAUCAGGUUGUAUCUGUACUCCAUGUUAGGCCAGCUAUCAAGGCAUCUGAUUCCUGACAUCAAGUGGAGUUUAUUUGGUGAAAAACUGCAGUUUUUCUGGGUACGAAACUGGGAUACAAAAUUGUUGCUGGAGAUUGAACAUGAGCUUAUCAAACAAUUACAGUGGUUUUCUCCAGGUUCUAAUAACUCUGUUGCACAUUGGGCAUUCUGGUGUCAUCCACAAGAUCCCCCAAGUGCUCUCCCCCCAGACUGUGUAGCAUCAACUGGCAGUAGUGGAAGCUAUGGUGGACGACAAUACAGUGCUUCCAGUGGUAAACCAUGCCUUUUCUGGCCAUCAGUUCCAGGAGCUGCACUAGGCCCUGAUGCACGUAAUUUAUGUCGCAAUCCUGACUCUAGUAGAAGUGGACCCUGGUGCUAUGUUGGCAAAACUGGUGCAACAGAUUACAAGAAGGAAACAUGUGAUGUGCCUGUUUGUCUUUCAGUAGAAUGUCGUCUUGCUGGAACUGGGAAUGAUUUCAUUGGACCACUGAAUGUGACCCGUUCAGGAAGACAGUGUCAGCCGUGGCUUGACAAUAAACCACACAAGGUCAACCAGACAUAUCUAAAUGACACCCUAUUUGCUGAACGAUCUCUAAAAGAAGCAAGAAAUUACUGCAGGGAUCCAUCACGCAACAUUGGUGGACCAUGGUGUUACACAGUGGAUCCAAAACUGCCCCGUGACCUGUGCCAUGCUUAUGAUUGCGUUAUGCCUGAGGGCUGUACCAUGCUGACACAAGGAGCAGGUGCUGGCCGGGACUUGAUGAUCCUACCUCGAUGGCGUACACGAGGGUUACGAUUCUGGCUUAAGGAGUGGAACCCAGAGCGUGCAGAUGGCAUUGUCUGGCUUCUGAGAAAGGCUGGCACCAACACUACCUACCUCAGGCUUGAGCUGGGAGCUGAUAAAAAUGAAAAGAUAAAACUUUUCCUCAUCAGAGGUGAAGGUACUCUUGAGGUACUUGUGGAAGAGAAAGAGCACUCACAUGUCAUCCCUAUAGGCCAGUGGGCAGGGAUGUGGUUGAAACUCUUGGCAGAAGGCGGCCUGGAGGUAGGACGUGAGGGAGCAGAGCAGCCACUAUUUGGCUGGAAGCCGAAAAAAGUUCCAGCUGCCAAUUUCUUUCCAGAGCGGGUUUCGUAUGCGAGUCUUGCUGGGCACACCAUAGGUGUGGUCUUCCCAUGUGAAGAGUGCCACGUGGAGAUCACGAACAUCCGGCGCUUCACCAAGGUGCUGCCCCUUGCUCUGUGGCGACGGGAGCCCCUGGCACAGCCUCCGAGCAAUCUGACGCUGUACAUGCGCGGAUACGGCGCGGCCCUCGUGCCACUCAUCAUGCAGCCUGGAGAGGGCGACUACCACGCCGUCACGCUAGGGGAGGGCAAGGGCGCGGACCGCAUCUACCUCCUGAGGCAGAGGGCCGGCAACCUCUCUGAGGUGGGCAAGGUGCGUCUCCCUCAGCCCAUCUUCUCCAAGGACAAGUGGACAAAGAUUAUCAUCAGGUGGACAGAGACGAAACUGUUGGUGUGGUGGAAUGGGCUGCUGUUCCUGGCGGUGGACACCAAGGAGCCACUUGUGGCGUACUUUUUUAGCGUGGGCAUUGAGGAUGGGGAGAUGAUGUGGACCGCAAACUGCGAGCCUCCAGAUGUGGACAGUCCGGCCGUGGACGGCGGGUGGUCAGAGUGGGGGCCGGCCACGUCGUGCAGCGCCACGUGCGGGGGCGGCUGGGGGCAGCGCAAGAGGCGCUGCGACAACCCGCCGCCCACGCUGAAGGGCCGCGACUGCGAGGGCGACGUCACCAUGGACGAGCAGUGCAACACCUUCCCCUGCGGACAGCUAGCCCCAGGCACGGACGAGGUGGUUCGGAAGAUGCUACGGCGGCAGCAUGCGGCCACGGAGGUAGACGAGGGCGACAACGUGACUCUGGCGUGCGCCCGGCCCGCAUUGCUGGCGCGCGUGCUGCAGGAGGCGCCAGAGGCCGUUCUCUUUUGGGAGCACCAGGGCCACCGCGUCCAGGGACACGUGCUCACAGACCUCGGAUCUGUUUUGGUAUCUGCUCAAGAAGUAGACCACAGCACAAAAUCUGGUCUUAUUGCUGUCAUUGCGUACAUCAAAAAUCCAGUCAGCUCUCUGCAUAGCUUAUCGACCUUUUUUCCUUCCUUGAUUUCCAGAUUAACGUCCACAGGUGCCUCUUGA